UAAAGUGAGUGCUUGCGAACAAGUUGAGUCGUACGGAACGUCAGUUAAUCUUUUUAACGGAAGAACGAAAGCGGGUUGAAUUUCAAAACAAGAAAGAAGAAGAAUAAGAAAAAAAAAAAAACAUACAGCCAUCAUCAUAAAACACACACACGCACGGGGCGCAUACCCACACAAGAAACAGAAGAAAACAAAAACACGAAACGAAAAGGAGAAUACAGUAUUUUUUCUGGCUGUCUGUCUGUCUGUCGGUCGGUCUGCCUGUUUGGUUUUCAAAAGUAUUUUGUAUGUGUACUCGAAUAACUAGCAACAACAACAACAGCAGCAGCAACAUCAUCUUCAUCAUCAUCCUCACUACGACGUUGUGUUUGUUGUAGAUAAAUGUGUUGGGAAGAAUUACAAGUGAGAGGGUAAAGACGACGAACGUCUCGUUUCACAAAAUAAAAACCAAGAAAAAAAAUUGUGGAGUUUUUGGAGAAUUAAAUAAAAAAGUGUUUCAAUAUUAUUUAAAAUUUGAAGUGUCGCAAAAAAUUUAAAAUUGCAAAAAGCUGAUAGUAAAGAAUUUAAAAAUUUACAUAAAAUUCUGAAAAAAUAUUAGAAAAUUGCAAAAUUCAUUGCCCCCACUCAAAAAUAUAGUUGCUUGUGAUUGUAUGUGUGGGCUUGUGUCAAUGUAAACAUCAAGUGCAAAAUAUAGAGAAAGAAAAAACAAAAGCAAAUAUAAAAAAGCCAAACCACGCCGCCGCUGUUGUUUAAUGUUUUCCUAAAAUCCACCGAUAAUUAGUUAAAAAAAAUCAGAAAAAAGAAGAAGCAGCACCAGAGAAGCCGCACUUUAUUUGGCAGCAUUUUUGUUAUUUCCCUACGUUUCCUCUAUUGAAACUCGCCGCAUUCGUGUUUGUCGCGACCGGUCGUUUCAUGUCCGCGUUACAUUGCCUUUCGUAAUCCAGUAACCAACAAAAACAAAAACUCCAACAACAACUACAGAUUUUUCUUAUUUGACGCGUUGUGUGUGUUCGUUGCCGCAACUAGAAACCAACAACUACAACAACAAAACAAGAAAAAAAAACAAGAAAAAAUAUUCUAUUUCCCCCACGAAAUAUCCGAUCCCCCAAUAAAAUCGAAAUAAAAGAAGUUUGAAGAAGCAAUAAAAGAAGUAGAGGAAGAAGAAAAAAUAAUAAAUAAAUAAAUAAGAAAUACAUAAGCCAUCCGUCAAUCAAGUGGAGUUUUAUGCUAAAUUACAAAAAAAAAAAAAAGAGAGAAGAGAGUGCAAGAGAGUUGCCAAUGUUAAGAGCAAAAGCAGAGUAAACGAAAUUACAGUGUUUUCUUGGUGCCAUUUUAAUACUUUUUUGGUGUAAAUUUUGUCCAAAUCAAAUACAAAAAUUCAAGUGAUUUCAAAAUUGUGAAAAAAAAAAUAUUUAAAUUCUUUGUUCUAAAUAAAAUCUUAAAAAAAUAUUGGGUGAAAUUUGUGAUUUUUUCGCGUGUAGUUUUUGUCGUUUUCUUUUUGCAAAGAGCGCGCCAGUAUUUAGCCGACCAAGAGAGUGACAAAUCUCCCGCAUCUCCCCCGUAACACUCAAUUGUCAUUGCAUACCUAUGCCAUAUGUGAAAAUAAUAACAGCAGCAUAAAGGAAAAAUAAAAAUAAAAAUAAAAAAAUUCAAAAAAUAAAAAAAAAUCAGGAGAUUUUGUUAAAUUUUCCAAAGCGCUAAAUCGUCAACUGCAAAUUAUAACAAUGUUGCCAUCGAGUUCCACUUCCAAAACUAUGUCAACGAUGAUGAUGAUGUCCACCCAUUGUCGUCGUCAACAGCAACAAUACCACCAACAACAACAACACCAGGAAAAUGAUCUACACCACCGUUGCCGUCGUCGUCGUCGCCCCAUGGCCACUUUUUAUGGGCCAAAUCGAUGGCUUUGGACUGCUGUACUAUUCGGAUUAUUAAUAGUCACUGUCAGUGCUAAAGAUGAGAAUUCUCUUAAGCCCUCACCAGCCUCAACAUUAUCAUCUAGUCAAUCGCCCCGUGAUGAAAUCUACAUUGAUGAUGAAGGUCUUGAUGGUUCAGGACAUGGUGGGCCCCACGAUGAUUUAGAGAAAGAUCACGAUUUCUCUGGCUCCGGCUUUGGUCCCGAUGACGAGGAUUCCGACAGCGAUUACCACCAUCACUCGCACACGCACACUCAAACCGGUAAAUCAAAUAUAAAUAAGCAAAUCGAUGACAACGAUUUCAUAACCACAAGUAGAAAUAACAAUCAGAAUAGUCAUCAUCAGACAUCCAGUGGCACGAACAUUGGUAGCGGCAUCUCAAACACAGGCAUCAUCAGUUCUGUUGGCUCUGGGUCAGCAGGUGGCUCCAAUACGAUUGACAAAAAUCAAAACCCAGCCACAAGCACCACCACAACCACCUCAACAAUUGGCAAAGUUCAACCACCUGGCGGAACUCCCCCGCAUCAUCACAGCGAUGGCGAUGAUUUCGAUUUGGAUGGCGAUCUGGAUGAGGAGGAAGGCGGUCCCCUGCUACAUCACAGCGGUGAUGGCGGUCUCAUUGACAGCAAUGUCGAUGAUGACGACGAUCACACCGGCGACGAUGAUGAUGAUGAGGAUGCCGAUGCCGAUGACCAUGACAUAAUCAAACCCCGUUACCAUGAUAUCCUGGACAAAUCGAAACCCAUCGAUGUACAUAAACCGAGUCCCAAAUUUGAAGAUGAGGACGAUUUUGGUGAAAUUGAUGUUGAUGCUGGACAAGACAUUGAACAUGGCCGCAAUAACAAUGGCAACCACGAUGAUGAUAAUAUCGAUGAGGAGGACGACAAGGAUGACCAAGAUUACGAUGACAGCAACACGAAAGAGGAGGACGAUGAAAACAGCCCCAUCUAUACCGAUAUUACCGAUCCCACCGAUACCGAUUCAUCAUCUUCAUCAUCCACCUCCACCUCGACCACCACCACCACCGAUAAACGACCUGGUGGCAUCAAUACCCAAGGAGGCACCAACAUCCACGAUUUGGAUACGAACAGCAUCAAUAGUCUGCAACCGGAGACUAAAGUAAUCGAACAGACAACCGGCAACGAGGUUCUAAUCAUGAAUGCCAACGAUGACGACAGAACGGCGAGCUUCUUCGCCCAACCUGGAAUUUUGGCGGCGGUUAUUGGCGGAGCUGUUGUGGGUCUAUUGUGCGCCAUUCUGGUGGUCAUGUUCAUUGUCUAUCGCAUGAGAAAAAAGGAUGAAGGUUCCUAUGCCCUGGAUGAGCCAAAACGAUCACCUGCUAUGAAUUCCUAUGCGAAAAAUGCAACAAAUCGAGAAUUUUUUGCCUGAGAAAAUGAAAGGCGUUUUUAAAGAAAACUAAACAACAACAAAAUAUAAAGAAAAUAAAAACAAACCACAAACAAUAACAACCUUUUUAUGGAAUAAAAACAAUUGACAAACAGAGUGGAAAAGUAGCAGCCUAAAACAAAUAUAAACAUCACCUUUAUUUAUAUUAAAAAAAAAACAAAUGAACAACUACAACAACAACUGAUAAAUAGGCAUUUUUUUUAUAAAAGUACUGCAAACUUGAAUUGAAAAGAAAAACACACACAUAAAACUCAAACCAUUCAACUCCACUGAAAAAAAAUGCAAAAAUUUGUUUUUUUGAUUCAAAAUUCCAUGAAAAACAACAACAAAUUCCAUUGGAAUCUGGCAAUUUAUUCACGAAACAAAGUCUAAUUACACUACAAACAAACAACAACCAAUACAUAUGUAAUUGUAAACAAUAAUUAUUCUUAAAAAAAAUAAUAUUAAUCAUUUUUCCACUUUUUAAUUCUCAUAUAAAUAUUAUAAAAUUAAUUUUUUUGUAUUUUCCUUUUUUUUUAAUUUUUAUUAACAAAAAAUUACACUCGAAAAAGAAAACUAUUAUAAUUUUUAUGGAAAGAAAAAAAUAAGCGAAACAAAAUAUUGAAAAAAAAACUCAUUAAAUCAGCAACAACAAAAAUAUUAUUUAUGAAAAAAAAUUGAAAAAAAAAACACAAAAUUACAAAUAAUAUUAAAUAAAUGUAAUAUUUAGUGUAAUUCGUAUAUAUAUACAAAGAAGGAAAAAAAGAAGAAGAAAACAAAAACAAAUCGAACAUUGAAAAAAAAUCAAUUUCAAAACAAAAAACACAACAAAAAGUAUUUUAAGCUGAAAUGCGAAGAGAAACAGAAAAUUAUUAACAAAACAAGAAAAAUUAAAGAAAAAAAAAAAAUGACUAUUAGUUCUUAACUUGAAACAAAAAAAAAACAAAAAAAAUCAAUACUAAUACAAUAACAAAGAACAUAUGAUUGAAAACAAGAAACAAAAACACAAAUAUUUGGAUGUUCUUUUUUUUCACAAACCUUUGAUAAUUUUUUUUUUUUCACUUGAAAAAUUAGAUAUCGAAAAAAGGAAACAAUAAAAUAAAACCCAUAAAUCAAUGAAUUAGAGUAAAUUUUUUCCACUAAAUGUUAUUUUUUUAUUUUAUGGAGAUGGGUGAUUUUUGCAAGAAACGAAUUGGGAAACCAAAGUUUAAGACUUCAAAUAUUGCAAAUAUUAAGGGAAUUUCAGAACUACAUAAAAUAGCCAGUUUGUCUUUGUCUCUCUCUGCAAACGAAAGAAUUCAAAUUUGAUUUGAAUAGAGUGGGUUCCAUUUUUAACUUCUAUUCACCACUCUCAAGUAUACCUUUCGAUAUCGAUAUUCUGUAUACCUUUCAAUAAAUUUUUAACCGAAAUUGAUUUGGUUUUGACCUUAUUAAAAGAAAAAUAUGUUUUCAAGAAAAUUUUUUAAUAUUUGCAAAUUUUGAGUUUUGUAUUCGGAGUGUAUUUCUGAAAACAAAGUAAUUUCAAAUUUAAAACUCAAAAUUUUCAAAUAUCCCAACAGUUUCUGGAAAACUUCUUUUUGGUUAACGAGACCAAAAUAAAUGAAUUUUCUCCCCGUGCCGAAAUUUAUCAUUCGAAUUUGAAUACGUUAUGAAAAAUGCUUUAUUAUGUGUACCUUUCGAUAAAUUUUAACCGAAAUUGAUUUGUUUUGGCCUUAUUAAGAGAAAAAAGAUGUUUCCGAGAAAAUGUUGAGUUUUGAAUAUUUGGUGUAUUACUGAAAAAAAAGUAAUUUUAAAUUCAAAACUCAAAAUUUUCAAGUAUCACAAAAUUUUUUUAAAAACAUAUUUUUCUAUUAAUAAGACCAAAACAAAUCAAUUUCGGUUAAAAAUUAAAAAUUUGUUCUAAUUUUCUCCCCGUGACGAAAUGUAUCAUUCGAAUUUGAAGUGACAUCUUAAAAGAAGACCUCUAAAUCGAGAUUUUUUCGUCUUGUUGAGGACGACCAGAGAAGAAAAUUCAAAAUAGUUUGUUAGUACUUUUUUUAAUUUUUAUUGAAUAUAAAGGGGUCGCCAAUUAUUUUUUUAGUACUUUUAAAUUUUUUCUAACAUAAUUCACAUCAAAUACUUAAAUUGAGGAUCCAAUUUUUUUUUUCGAAAUCACAAAAAUGUUGAAAAAUCAAUUCUUUAUUGUGGUUUGAGAUUUUCACUACGUUUUUAAUAAUAAAUACCAAUAAAAUUUCAUAAAAUUAAAAAUAUUUGAAUGAUUCGAGUAAAUUAUUUAAAAAUUAAACCCCUUACCCUUCAACGGCGUUUUUGAAUUUUGAAUAUUUUUUUUGAUAUGAAUUGAGUUAUUUUUUAGUACUUUUUAUUUUUUUCUAACAUGAUUCACAUCAAAUACUUGAAUUGAGGACCCAAUUUUUUCUUCGAAAUCACAAAAAUGUGGUACAAUCAAUUCGUUUUUGUGGUUCGAGAUUUUCACUUCCUUUAAAAAAAAGUCCCAACAAAAUUUCAUUAAAAUAAAAAAAUAUUUGAAUGAUUCGAGUAAAAUACUUAAAAAUCAAUCUCCUCACGCUUCAACGGAGUUUUAGAAUUUUGAAUAUUUUUUUUUAAAUUGAAUUGAAUAUACAGGGUAUAUAUUGAAUAUAAAGGUUAGACAAUUAAAGAAAUAAGGACUAGAUAAAAAAUAACUUUUUCUGACGAACCCUGUUUAUUUUGUGAAAAUUUUUAUGAAAACUCUAAAAAAAUAUCUAAUUCCGAUAACAAAUAUGAAAUAUGAAAUGAUUUUAAAUAAAUUUUUUCUAGAAAUUUCCUUGAAAAAAAUGUAUAUCAAAAUAUUUCAUUUUUCCCAUGAUCCCCAAAAUGUUUUUGAAAGCAAAUUCUUCUUGCAAAGCUCACAAAUCUCCAAAAAAAAAAAUAAAUAAAUAAAUAAUAAUAGCCGAAGUAGUCCUUGACGCCAGAUAUAUAGAAAUCCAUUAUAAAGUUCAAGAAAACAUAAACUUCUUUGUUGCAAUAUUUUGAAAAUAAAAAUCUCCCCAUUUACACCCAAACACAUAAUCAAAACACGCCCUAACAUAAUCAAUGCGCCUUUUUUACAUUUAUAAUUAAUUAUAUAAUUCUUAAAGCAUACCACGUCUAUAUAAUUUCCAUAAUUAUUAAAUAAAAAACAAAAAAAAAAUAUUGUGUUUUUUGUGCUUUUUUCAAAUAAUCAAAAUAAUUUUUAAUUUAACUUUUUCUAAUUUAAUACAAUUAAGCUAAUAAUUUACAAUAACAACACAGCUAUAUAAAAAAUGGCAGCUAUUAUACCAUCAAAAACAUAACACUGGCAUCUUACAGAAUAUUCUUCUUUUUUUGUAAUUGUUAUAAUAUUAAAAAUUAAUUAAAUAUAUGUGUGGAAGAUAACAAAGAAAUAUAUAUGUAAUUUUUAUUUUUUUUUUCUUCUUCUUUAAAAGAAUUAAAAAAAAAUUAUGUUGUUGAUUUAACAAAGAGAAAAGAAAAAAACUAAAAAUAAAAUAAAUAAAUAAUAAAAUAUUAUUUCUUAUAGCCAAAUAUGUUUUGCUUUGUUAAAACUAAUAUAAAAAAAUCAACAACAACAACAACCACAUGAAAUGCCAUACUAAACAAAAUAAUAAUCCUUACAACAGAUUUAAUAACUUUUUUUAUAUUAUGUAUUAAAAGAAAAACAACAACAACAUUACAUAAAUGAAUAUAAUUUAAGUUAUGUUUAGCCAUGAAUUGUUUGUAAAAAAAAGAAAAACAAAAUUAACCACAUUUGUUGCUAAACUCCAUCCAAACAAUUUGUAAUUUUUCCUAAACAUUGUAUUUGAUUUUUAUUAUUUUUCUUUUUUUUCAAAAAGAAACUGGUCAAUUAUUCAUAUUCAAUAAUAAAAACCAUUUUUUUUUUAAAUUUUCAAAGAAGAAACACAAAUAAUUGACCAUUAUCUUCAAACAUAUAAACCCCUAUACUACUAAAAACAACUACUCACAUAUAAUUUUUGUAUUUACUCUUCAAUAUAUAUAUAUAUUUUUUAGUUUUAUAAUACCCUCAUUAACCAACCAACUUUAUAUAUACACAACUACUAUGUAUUUUCAUUUCUUUUUUUUUUCUUAUAAUAAAAUCAACAUUUAUCUUCCCGUCUUCAACAAUAUUCCAAUGUUAUUAAUAAUCCCCCAAAACAACAACAACAACGCCUCUGUAUAAUUUUCCACUAAAUAUAUAGCAGCUACAAAACAUACACCCAUACAUACUCCAUCUUUCUGUCUCUCUCUCUCUUUAUUGUAACCAGUAAUUAUUAUUGUUUAAAUUUGUAAAAUUAAAUUUUAUUUUCUAUUCUCGAAGUAAUGUCAUGACAACCGAAUUUCAGUUGAAUCCUUACUCACAAUUCUUUUCUAUUUCAACAAUUCGAAAUGCAAAGACGAAAAACAAAAACAAAACAAAAACUCAAAACAACAACCACAGUUUGUAUGAAUGUACUGAAUAAUGUUUAACAAAACAAACAGAAUUGGUUUUAAUUUGCAAAAAAAAAAAAAUAAUAAAAUAAUAAAUAUUAUUAUUAGAAUAAAACAAAAGAAAAAUAAAAUCGAUAAGAAAACGACGGAUGGAAACUAUAUAUAGAUAAAAACUCUACAAAAAAAACAGUAAAAUUUACGAAUAAAAUAAAAAAAAUAAAAAAAAAAAAACUAAAA